AUGUGUACUCGAUUGGAUCGCUACUCGAUGAUGAUAAUUUCGAAAUAUUUUACUGAUAUGUCUGAUUAUAAAAACAUGGUGUUUAUAUGUCGAAAGUUCCAAGAAAUUCCAGAGAUGUUUCACUUUAAUCCCAUAUCCAUCACACUCAACACACAAAGGUAUUUUCCAAACGUUGAGACUCUUCACCUUUACAAUGAAACAGAUAAAUUUCUACCGGGAUAUUAUCAGUAUUACGUUCAUUACCCAAUUCCUCUUUAUAAGUCUAUUGAAAUAAACAAAAGAAGACGUGUCAUUUGUCCGCUAAAAACUUAUUCUUUUUCCCAUAAAAAUGACAAAUUUUUAUAUAAAGAUGCUACUGUUUUUGUUAACAAAGCAUUUUGUCACAUUCGUGAGUACAUUGAAAUGGAUUGCUCAAACAUUAUAAAAUUUGGACAUUCAUGUUUUGCGUAUAAUAAUUCAUUGGUCACAAUAACACUGUCAAGUAAUUUGUAUGAGAUACCAGACAAAUGUUUUUAUACGUGUGCAAAACUCAAAGAAAUCAAUUUGGAACACAUCAGAAUGUUUGGGGAGUUUUGUUUUUAUUGGUGUGAUAAAUUGAGUGCGAUAACUUUAGGUACAAACAUUGUAAAAAGUGCGAAAAAAGCAUUUGAUGGGGUGUCAUCAAUCAAAAAUGUUAUAGCGCCGGGAGUCAAAAGCGUUGACUUUGAUGUAAACGCUUCUAUAUCAUAUGCAUUUUGUAACAUCAAACAUAAAACAGUCACCACAGAAUACGACAAAAAUGUUUUGCCAGACUUUUUAUCGGAUGAAAUUCGAACCAAAGUGUUUAGAAACAGAAUCGGACUAUCCGAUAUCAAUUUAGCAAGUACUGUUACCGUUAUUGAAGAUGACGCGUUGUCUUGUUGUGAUAUGGAAAGACUUGAUUUGUCGCAUGUGAUAUCUUUUGGAGUCCAAAAUUACAUGACCCGUCUCACUGCUAUUACUUUGAAUAAAAAUGUUCGUAUCGACAAUUUCUGGGAAUACACUGGACUCAAGAAAAUCAGUGCAAUUAAUACUCAAAAAGUCAAUGUUAAGGCUGCUUGUUGGAUGAAAGAUAUUUUAGACGAAAAUCUUGAAGUCGAUGAAUUUUAUUACACUUACAAAGACGUCGAUCAUUUUAAAGGAAAACUUCCAUUGAAUUACAAAAAUUUUAAAACAAUAAUUUUAGACGUGAACUUUGGUAAUUACAAAUAUGAAGAAGUUGAAAUACCAAUGGGAAUCACUAUGAUGCGUUGUUCUGCAUUUCUUGAUAACGAAAAAUUAAGAAAACUGGUGUUUCCUACAAGUUACACAAAAUAUGACAGGUUGAAUUUUACUCAUUUAAAUCUAGAAGAAUUGUGUAUAACUCCACAACCAAAACUUGUGAUAUCAAAUUGUCCCAAACUUACAUCACUUACUCUUCUUGAUCAUAAUGUCACGAAUUAUUGUAUGUUUAACA